AUGGCGGCGGUGGCGACAGGAAAGUCUUGGAGGGAUUUCUUUGGGAAAAACCUUCAAUUACCAGCUGCAUUUGACCGUGAACAUGCAGCCACAGAUAUAUCUACUCCUAUUUGUAUCAGCCUCACAAAUGUAGAAGGCAUAAACCCCACUGUUGAGGGAGUGAGCAAUGUGGAGUUCCAGCUUCGCAUCAGUCUCUUUGACCUGGCUUAUCACCAAUUCUUUGGGCGCCAGUGGGCAGGGCAGUAUGAGGGUCUACAUGGGUUGGGUGGGGCCAGCAAACCCAAGCUACGUCUCUCACAGAAUGUUUAUUUCCACACGUCCAUAGUAAGCUCCAAUGUGGUUGUUGUGGUAGAGUUGGUGGCUUCAGGGCUUGACGAAAACAGCCGACUAAAAAAGGUGUCAUGUGGCUGGGGGAUCAUUCGCCCCUUCAAAGAGGAAGACUUACCGGACACAUCCAGGAAUAUCAAGCUCCAUGUUCAAAAGUGCCAGCUGUAUCAUGGCACACCCAGGGCCCUGUUCUUUCUAGAUGAGCCAGUGGAAGACCACCCGGAGUUGCGACCCAUUGCUGACUGUCAGCUGGGCUACACACUGGCCACUCACAAAGCAUUAUACAAGGUACAACAUCUUCUGCCUGAAAACACUGUGGUCGGCCAUAAUGACGUCAUUCCCGGACUGCAGGAUAAUGAUACCUCAGCUAAGGACAAGCUUAAGAAACCCAAGCAGCUUAAGUCAAUGGCGUGUACGAUUGAACAUGCCACUCUUCAACUUAACCCGACUGUGGAGAAAUUUGAGGAAGAAUUAUGCGAAACACUGCAUGAAGAUAGGCUAGCCAUGAUGGGGAAGGUUAAUGAUGGGACAUCUAUCGCCAUUGUGGAGAGAAGGCUGCUGGUUGGCGUCCACAAUGGCUGGACGUUCGUGGAGAAGCCCCAGACCUUCCUUCUAGAUUCCCGCAACAUCGCGUCCAAGUCCAUCAAACCUUCCGCAAGUCCGUCCUUCCGACGUUCACAGAGAUUCAAGUCAUCACAAAAACUCACUGAGGAUGAUAGCCUUGGUACUGGAAACUAUCUAAUUUUAAACCAGAAGAUCCAUGUCAAUGAUAUCCUGGAAGACCCGAUGUUUGCUGUGGCGUUCAUUCUUGAAUAUGUCAUUGGUGAACAGCUGUCUGCAGAGGACAGGAAGAUGUCAAAAAGUAUACAGCGAGGUAACACCCGUUCAGUUACCCUACGGUGGGCCGCCUGGAACCCCUUCCUUCAACCGAACACCCCACAUGUUACUGUGGGGCUUGUAGGUGGUCCCACCCCUAGCCCGGAUGGAGAAUUUGUCUUCAAGGUCCCAGACACGGCCAUGCAGGAUGAGAUCUCCUCUAGAACAGCAGGCGGGCUGCUGGCAUUCCAGUGGGGAUUCGGAAUCAAGGACAGUGCUUCUUCUGGAACCCACAUUACCCAGCCCAAUGCAUAUAAUGCGGGCUUUGCCCAGCAGGCAAUGGGCUCGGCCCACUCCAUGAGAUCAGGCUUCACCGAGGGGAGUGAAAUGGGUGUGGGGAUGACAGAGUCCCCAUCACAGAUGAUGAAACCACCCAGUGGACGCCAACUUUCACAGAGAGGACCAGCUGGUCCCACCAGCCUGGCAGUGCCGCAGCAGCAGUUACAGCCCCAGGCAGGCAGUGUGUUACAGUCAGGACAGAUGGUGCCCAUGCAGCAGUACCCGAUGUACCCCCAGGCCUCCCUACAACAAUCCUACAUACCCUACCAUCAGGGUCCUGUGCCACAGUAUGGCAUGCCGUAUGGGUCAGAGAUGCAAGAGAUGCAGCAGCACAUUCCCGCCCACCAGCCCAUUCUUACUACUGCACCUGUCCCCAAAAAAGGAUCUGGCUUGUCCCGUGCUGCUUACGCUAAGCUUUACUCAGUGGGUUUCCCGCCUGUGCUAGACCGAAGCGGAGAACCACCCGAGGUCAUUGACCCAAACACGCAUGUGGUCACGGUUGACUUGCAGCGGGAAUUGAAUGACCCCCUGCAGUGUAAUGAGAUCAUCUUCCAGUUCCUGGCUUUCUCAAGGAUGUCUGACCCAGCUGGAACGACAGAGCCGGGAAAGACGGCAGGCACAGUCUUCUUCUCCUUCCAGUUUUACCGUAAUCAGCAGGUCACAAGUGAAAGACUGUUAUUGUCAAAGCCCCAGAAUGACCUAUCAUCUGAUGCGGCAGUUAUGCCCUAUAUACUCUCAAAACUAGACAAGGAUGGCACUUUACUCAAGGGACCACCUGGACUAGAGGUGCGAUACUUUAUGGACCCAGCGUUUAUGAAGCCGGGUGAGAACCAGAUGUUACUUCAACAUCUAUCCCAGCAGACCAUGUAUAUUGACGUCUGGGACGGCGAUUCCUUACUGCCACUGGGUAGCACUGCUGUAGACCUCAAGUACUUAUGUCGAUGUGGUAUGGAGGCAGUCCAAACAACAUUUGAGCUAGAUGUGAUAUCCACCGAGUACCAGGAAGACCCAAAUCUUGCUCAUCCGGACUCAGGAGCAGGUGGAGUAAGGCCCGCUAACGUCUUUUCCAUCCCACGGGGAAAACUCCACCUCCGAAUGGCCAACAUCGGUCAUCCGGUCGAUCCCAAGGCUACAACUGCAGGUUUAAGCAGUCAAGGUUUGCCGUCAUUUACAAUGGACCAAAGCAGUGUGUAUGUAAGUCUUCCAACUAAAAGUCUUCAAGUCGUCUCGGCAACUGCGAGUAAUUCUGCCUAUGGAGGUGGAAGUUUAAUAGCGGGGGACACUAAACUGAAAACUGGUCUAGCUACCAAGAAGCGAAUUGCUCGUGCCCACCAUCUCGCUGAGAAUAAUCGGGAAGUGGCGGCCCUGUUGUUUUCCAAACAUACGGAGCUGGAGACUGUCACAGAGUCAAAUCGGGAGGCGGACUCCGAGCGCCAGAGGAAACUCGCGAGAAUGGCCGCCAUUCGGAAUAUGGAGGGCAGCAUUGAGAAACCUCAAACACUUAUGGCUCAUAAGCAGUUGAAAACCGAGAGGGCCCGUGAUCUUAAAACAAUCGAGAUAUAUCGACUACAGACAAAAAAGGACGGCAUUCAGUCUAUGCUCAGCCAAUCCAUCUCGACGGAACACACCAUUCACCCCUCCUUCGGCACUGCGGAGUACUUUGAGUUUGUUCUACGCAACCCAUUCAAUGUUGAGCACCAUGUCAGGAUUGAGUGGGAGGACAAGUCUUUGCAGUGUAUAACGGACACCCGUGAAUGGCGGUACUUUAAGCAGCUCCAUCAAGUCCAGUCAGCCAUGGAAGAAGGCAUGUUCAGCAAAGAGGCAAAAUCUUCAUUCCCGGAGAUCUUUCUAAGGCCAAAGGAGACGGUCAAUGUGCCAUUCAAAUAUGUCUUGUUUAAGGCAGACCAGUCUGUACAACCUCAGGGACCAAUAGAUCCAUUCCGACAGGAACCGAAAACCAAAGCCCGGCCAACAGAUGCUCUCAGGCCAAAGUCUCUCAAGGUGUUUUUUAAGAAUGAGGAUGAGAAGCCUCUGGCCAUCUUGCUGUUGAAGGUGGAACCCCAGCCCCAUAUCAUAGACCAGACAUUCAGGUUUCAUAGUCCAGAACAGACUUUCCUCAAGAAAUCCAUCAGAUUACCUCCCUUGGAAGGUCUCCCAGGAGCUCCAGUGGGCUCUGGCAAUGCUGUGAAAGCCUAUGCGAGAUGCAGUGAUCCCAAUAUUAUCUGUGAUACGAAGACCACACAGCCAGGAGAGCCCCAGGAUGUUUUCCUUAAGGUCCCUCUGGGAGCUUCCCCACAGAUAAAGAGAUUUUUCAUGGCCGUAUAUCUAGACCCAUUUAUGGCACGGCCUGUACAAAUCUGGCAGUUUUACGUACAUGCUCUACAGAGGGUGGAUGUGUCUGCAGUGGAGGGGCAGACAAGCAGAUUCUCACUUCUGCUUAGAGGCACACAGGCAUCCAGACUGGUUCAGUGUUACUCGUCACACCCAGGAGAGAUGUCUCUAACCCCUCGGAACAGUUUCAUGUUGGCUGCUGGUGCAGUACAUGAGUUGAAUGUCGCUCUGCGUCCCAUGCUGGAGGGAACCAAGUUUUUCUACCUCAAUGUCGUGGAUGUAGAGUUUCAUCAGCUUGUACGGACUUGGCUCAUAUGUGUCAGCUCUCGUGCACCGAUGAUUUCACGUGCAUUUGAGCUUGUUUUGCCCGUCGGUGGAGGCAAGGGUUGUAGCAAGAAGAUAACAUACACUAAUCCGUACCCUCACAAGAAAACAUUUGUUCUUCACUCAAAUAGAGACGAUUUGCUCCAGUUUAAGGACGGUUCACUAGAUAUCGAGGGAGGCGGUACGGUUACAAUUGGUCUCCGAUUUACGCCAGUUACUAAGGCGGGCCAAGCGGAAAUUCUUGUGUUUAUCAAUGAUGAGGAUGAUAAGAAUGAAGAGACAUUUAAGAUUGCAGCAAUGUAUCAGAGAAUGUAGACUUGAAUUAACAGAGACAGGGUAACCUGGUAUAUCACUUUAACGGGACUCGCUCACAGAUUUUUUUUAAAACUCUUUUAACUGUCUUUAAUAAAAAUAUUAGUAACUUUUAUGCACAAACACCAAACAGGAACUUGCAAAUACUCAUUUGAAUAUUUUGUUUUAAAUCAAAGCUAUUUUUAAUAGCAUUACUAAUGCUUUCGGCAUAUAUAGCAUUUUUGUCAUAUUUUUACAUAAAAAUUAACAUUAAAGCUCUACCUAGGUAAUUUAAACUGUUUAUGUUUUAUCACUGGAACAACCAUUUUGUUCACAUUUCAUGUGAAAUUCAUGUUUUCGCUAUCAGGCCCUAUAAACUGUGAAUGAGUCUCUCUAUUGCAGCUGUGAUAUUGCCUUAACUUCUUAAGUUCUUAAUUUUUUCUUCCGUCCAGAUAUUUUGUAUGUGAAAUGUCUCAGAAAACUGUUGUGAUAGCUAGAAGAUGGUAUAAUAGGUAGCUAGAACAAAUGCAUUUUAAUGAAAAUUAACACUAAAGGCAUUUUAAUGUGUAUAUUUAUGAUGCUUGUUAAUGGCCUGUGAAAAUAACGGCAGCACUAAUUUUACUCAAUAUAUUUUAUAUAUGUUUAAAAGUUGUCAUUGCCCCAGAUAUUUAAAUUUUAUCUCAUUUUUCAUUCUUCUUAUCAUAAUAUUUCCUUAAUGACAUAAAAUAUUAGUACCUAUCUGGUUGUGAAAUGUAAAAAUGCCAGUAAAUGUUUCAAUUAAACUUUAGCCAUGAAUGUAUAAGAAAAUGGAAUGCCUUAUUGGUAUGUGACUGUGAUAUUUUUCUCAAUUUGCUUUCGUAAUUUUAUUUAUUUGUAAAUAUUCAGGUGUUGUAAUGUGGUACAAUUUGAGUCCUAUGGAUUUUGUGCUCGAGAUAUACUGUACUGAAAUAGAUUUAAUAGGGAGUUGUUGUUGCAAGAUGCAAUUGUCAUUUUUCAGAGCUGAUUAAGCCCUGAUUUUGGAUUUAUCUUCUGAAUAUUUUGAAGCUUAAGUUUAUAGCAAGAAAAUAAAUGUGGAAUAAAUUUACAUAUAGAUCAGUAUAGGUAGUUUAUGAAUUAAAAAGAUCCUUGACUGUCUUGUACAUGUAUUUGUUAGAAAUGUGCUCUUGUUUGAAAAAUAGCAAAACGAUUUUUGUACUACAACUGUAGAUGCUAUUUUUUUGUAGUUGCCAAAUAUUAUAUACAUAAUAAAAUGUCA